CCGCUGGACGAUGAGAGAAAGUGGAGACAGACGCACUGAGCCAUAAGACAGCGCGCCGCAAAAUGAAGACCCCUAUGCGCCAUGGGAUAGCCGUGCUCCUCGUGCUCCUCCUGUGCGCGAGCUUGUUCCUCGUGUACAACGGCAGCUUCAACGGCGCUUCCAGGGACGCUAACGACACGCGCAUCCGACAGCAUGAACAGCUGCGGGGGCCCACCGAAGCCCCCGUCAGGGUGGCCAAGCCUCACCCCCCGGUCCUCCAGGGAUACAGCGGCAUCAUCGACCAUAAGCCUCCCAGGAUGCACUGCCAGACCUGCGCCCUGGUGACCAGCUCAGGUCACCUCAUCGGAGGCGGUCGGGGUGAAGAGAUCGACCAGGCCGAGUGCGUCAUCCGCAUGAACGACGCCCCCACCGCCAGGGGUUACGCCCGAGACGUCGGCCAGCGCACCUCCCUGCGAGUCAUCGCUCACUCCAGCAUGCAGAGGGUCCUGAGGAAUCGCCACGAGCUGCUCAACGCCAGCCAGGACACGGUGUUCAUCUUCUGGGGCCCCAGCAGCUAUAUGAGGCGCGACGGGAAGGGCCUUGUGUACAAUAACCUGAGGCUGAUGAACCAGGUGCUGCCCAAACUCAAAGUCUACAUCAUCUCCUGGCAGAAGAUGCUGCAGUUUGAUGAACUCUUCAAGAAGGAGACCGGCAAGGACAGAAGGAUAUCAAACUCCUGGCUCAGCACCGGCUGGUUCACUAUGACCAUCGCCCUGGAGCUGUGCGAUAGGAUCAAUGUCUUCGGCAUGGUUGCCCCUGACUUCUGCAGGGAGCCUCAGCACCACUCCGUCCCUUACCACUACUACGAGCCACGUGGUCCAGAUGAGUGCGCCAUGUACAUUUCUCAUGAGCGUGGGCGGCGGGGCAGCCACCACCGCUUCAUCACAGAGAAACGGGUCUUCGCUAACUGGGCACGGACUUUUGACAUCCACUUCUACCAGCCCGACUGGAGUCCACCGCCUCUCCCAGCUAACCAGACCAUUGACGGGACAGUCACAGCGACGCCUCUGGUACCCCAGAAGACGUGA